UGAAAACAGAUCUUUAAGUUCAUCAAACAGACAUGUAUCUAUCUAUCUCUGCCAUUCAACUCUGGGAGGAACUAAAGACAAAUGGUCUUGUCAAGUAUGGCACAGCAACUGCGGUCACAGCUAUUAGUUUGGUUCUGCUGAGAAAGUGGAUUGCGGGUGGAGUAUGUCGAUGUCGUGUGCGACUAGAUGGAAAGACAGUUGUCAUUACUGGUGCCAACACUGGCAUAGGAAAAGAAGCAGCACAUGACUUGGCCAUGAGAGGAGCUCGGAUUGUGAUGGCUUGUCGAGAUCUUUCAAGAGCAGAAAAGGCGGCAGCAGAGAUCCGCAGGUCUACGGGUAACGGCAACAUAGUAGUUCGGUACUUAGACCUGGCAUCUCUGUUCUCAGUACGGCAAUUUGCUCAUGAGUACAUCGCCACUGAGAACCGACUGGACAUACUUAUUAACAAUGCUGGAGUGAUGAUGUGCCCUAAAAGCCUUACAGAGGAUGGCUAUGAAACCCAGUUUGCUGUCAAUCAUUUGGGCCAUUUUCUUCUGACUGUUCUGCUUCUGGACAUGCUGAAGAAAUCUUCUCCUAGUCGAGUUGUUAAUGUGUCCAGCAUUGCUCACAAAGGAGGUAAGAUCCACUUUGAUGACCUUAAUUUCAACAAAGCACCAUACGAUUCUUUGGUCAGUUACAGCCAGAGCAAACUUGCCAACCUGCUGUUUACUCAGGAGUUAGCACGAAGGGUUAAAGGGUCUGGUGUAACAGUCUAUGCGCUACAUCCUGGAGUAAUCCGCACUGAACUAGGGCGUUAUGUGCAGACGCAACACCCUCUGCUCAGCGCCCUGUUGUCUUUUCCUGCCUUUCUAUUGAUGAAAACCCCAAAGCAAGGUGCUCAGACCUCCAUCCACUGUGCAGUUGCAGAGGGGCUGGAGUCUUAUAGUGGCUGCUACUUCAGUGAUUGUAAGCUGAAGGAACCAGCUCCUGAAGGUAAAGAUGAUCUUGCCGCGCUGAGAUUAUGGAAAGUGAGUGCAAAGCUUGUGGGCUACAAUGAAGAGGACUGACAUCAACAUCACAUCUAGUGUUACUUUUAAUACCACAUGCCUAAAGAGGAAUGCUUUGCAUGCACUCUUUACCAUGUUUGUUUUUCCUUCAUGAAAACUGUAAUGAAAAUGUUAUUACACUUAAUUGAUGAUAAAAGCAGUUGUAUUGGUGGAAGACC